UGUGUAAUGUUGUGUAGAUUCAUAACAUAUAUUUCUAGUUAAUAAUUUCAGUUCCAGGUUGUAACAGUAUGAAAUGUGGCAAAGUUCAAGGGGGUAAAUACUUAUGCAACGAACUAUAUGACGCAGUCUUUCUGAACUGAACAAUGUUGCCAGAUUGUCUUUAUGGUGGUCUUUAAACCUGGAUUUUAUUUUUAAAAAACAUAGGCAAUUAGAAUGCGACCAAUGUCCAGUUGUUAACAGGUACUAAACAGAUUUUUAAUGAUCGUGAACAUGUUAUAUAUUUUUUAGAAUUUAACAUUAAUAUAGUAAGUUUACAGUUUGAUGGUGGUUUAUUGAAAAGCUCUCCAAUCUGGCAACCCUUCUGUCAGAAUCGUACAUUUAUACCAAUGGAAAGAAAGCUCUAAAAUGUUAACUCUAUUAUGUCCUACUUAACAUGGACAUAGUUUGUGUCCAUCCCAUACAAAUACUACUACUACUAUUAAUAAUAAUAAUUUCAACAGCUAAGACUGGCACAAAUUAAUUCCUCGCCCUCCAACCGCAAAAGAACUAGGAGGCGGGAUUACAGUGGAAGAGAUUAACGCGAUUGGUCCGCUCGAUUCUCCGGGUUGAUUUGCUGAAUGUUGAUUGGGCAAUAGAUCCUGCGACAGAAGGCUAUGUUAAUAAUAUCGCUCUGUGGCCUGGCACUAAAUAAAACGGUGCUCAUUUAGAAAGAUUGGAGAAAGCAGGAGAUUAAAAGCGAGGGGUUCUGUUUGUACAAUUUUACUUUACAGCUAGAAACGUAGCAUUGACCGAACGUUAACUGGAGGGGAAAAAAAUGUCGGAGAUUUAAAUUCGCCCGUGGAUUCCCUAAUUUGAUCAUGCAGGAUUAUCUAGAAAAUAGACGCUAAUUUUUUUUUCCUGGACCGCCUCUGUAUCAGGAACCAACUAACUGGAUAGUUAUAAUACAGUCGAUUUAUUUUAGAAUAUUUAGGUGAUAUUGCUGUAUUAUAUAAGUGGUGUAACGGAGGCUCAUCGGUUUGCCGGAGAAGCAAUAACAACUGAAGGUGGGAUGGACAAUGCCCAUACUAAGACGGUCGAGGAGGUGUUGGUGUACUUUGGAGUGAACGAGUCCACAGGUUUGAGCAGCGAGCACCUGAGGAAGAAUCGCGAGCGAUGGGGUGCCAACGAAUUACCAGCAGAAGAAGGGAAGUCUCUCUGGGAAUUGGUGCUGGAACAGUUUGAGGAUCUGCUCGUGCGGAUUCUGCUACUCGCAGCCUGCAUUUCUUUUACCCUGGCCUGGUUUGAAGAAGGGGAGGGCACCAUCACUGCUUUUGUAGAGCCUUUUGUAAUCCUCCUUAUCCUUAUCGCCAAUGCCAUUGUGGGCGUGUGGCAGGAACGCAAUGCGGAAAAUGCCAUUGAAGCACUGAAAGAAUACGAGCCAGAAAUGGGGAAGGUGUACAGACAGGACAGGAAGAGUGUGCAGAGAGUCCGAGCCAGAGAUAUUGUGCCUGGUGACAUUGUAGAAGUGGCAGUGGGUGAUAAGGUUCCAGCGGACAUCAGACUGACGUCCAUUCGUUCCACCACUCUGAGAGUGGACCAGUCCAUUUUGACGGGGGAGUCUGUUUCAGUGCUCAAACACACAGACCCUGUCCCGGAUCCACGCGCUGUAAACCAGGACAAGAAAAACAUGCUCUUUUCUGGCACGAACAUUGCAGCGGGGAGAGCAAUAGGUGUCGUAGUGGCCACCGGAGUGCAGACAGAAAUCGGUAAAAUCAGGGACGAGAUGGCAGCCACAGAUCCAGAACGGACGCCUUUACAGCAAAAACUAGACCAGUUCGGGGAGCAACUCUCAAAGGUGAUCACGGUGAUCUGUGUGGCAGUAUGGGGCAUUAACAUCGGACAUUUCAAUGAUCCUGUACAUGGUGGCAGCUGGCUGAGAGGAGCUGUGUAUUAUUUUAAGAUCGCCGUGGCUUUGGCCGUAGCUGCCAUCCCGGAGGGUCUUCCUGCUGUCAUCACCACCUGCCUGGCUUUGGGCACACGUCGGAUGGCGAGGAAAAACGCCAUUGUGCGCUCGCUGCCUUCCGUGGAGACUCUGGGCUGCACAUCGGUCAUCUGCUCUGACAAAACUGGCACCCUCACCACCAAUCAGAUGUCCGUCUGCAGGAUGUUUGUAGUGGAGAAGGUCGCAGGCGAGAGGUGUGUUCUGAAUGAGUUUUCAGUAACAGGAUCCACUUAUGCACCUGAAGGAGAUGUAUACAGGGAUGGUGCAGUGGUGCGCAGUAGUCAGUAUGAUGCCCUGGUGGAACUGGCCACAAUCUGUGCCCUGUGUAAUGAUUCUUCUCUGGACUACAAUGAGAGUAAAUGUGUGUAUGAGAAGGUGGGGGAAGCUACAGAGACCGCUCUGUGCUGUCUAGUGGAAAAGAUGAAUGUGUUCGACACAGACCUGAGGAGCCUCAGCCCUGUAGAGAGGGCUACUGCGUGCUGUUCGGUGAUAAAGCAAUUACUGAGGAAAGAGCUGACACUGGAGUUUUCUCGAGACAGGAAGUCUAUGUCUGUCUUCUGCUCUCCUAACAAACUGACCCGCUCGACCACAGGAGCCAAGAUGUUUGUUAAGGGGGCACCAGAGAGCGUUCUGGAGCGCUGCCAUUGGAUCCGGAUUGGUGGUGGGACACGGGUGCCCUUGACCUCUGACCUUAGGGAACAGCUCUUAGGCACAGUCAGAGAGUGGAGUUCAGGUCGUGACACCCUACGCUGCCUUGCCAUGGCAACCAGAGAUUUGCCACCCGACCCACGAACCCUGAACCUGGAGAAAUCAUCUGCCUUCUCUGAGUACGAGUCGGAGCUGACGUUUGUGGGGUGUGUGGGGAUGUUAGACCCUCCCCGAAAGGAGGUGCUGAAUGCUGUGCGCAUGUGCAGGCAGGCUGGUAUACGCGUCAUCAUGAUUACUGGUGACAAUAAAGGCACGGCGCUGUCGAUCUGCAGACGUGUUGGGAUCAUCACAGAGCAGGAGGAAGAGGAGGCAGAGGGUGCACCCUCUGGUGGAGGGCUGACCGGGCGAGAGUUUGACGAGCUGCCACCCCACAUGCAGCGCCAAGCCUGCCGCACCACCCGCUGUUUUGCCCGCGUUGAACCCACCCACAAGAGUCGCAUCGUAGAGUACCUCCAGAGCCUCAACGAAAUCACGGCUAUGACAGGUGAUGGAGUGAAUGAUGCUCCUGCUCUGAAGAAGGCUGAGAUCGGGAUCGCGAUGGGCUCGGGGACGGCGGUGGCUAAAUCAGCCUCUGAGAUGAUCCUAGCUGAUGAUAACUUCUCCACCAUAGUGGCUGCAGUGGAGGAAGGUCGAGCUAUCUAUAACAACAUGAAGCAGUUUAUCCGCUACCUCAUUUCCUCUAACAUUGGAGAGGUGGUGUGUAUUUUUCUGACUGCUGCUCUGGGCAUGCCCGAGGCUCUCAUCCCGGUGCAGUUGCUAUGGGUAAAUCUGGUGACAGACGGCUUCCCUGCCACUGCGCUUGGCUUCAAUCCCCCUGACCUGGAUAUUAUGUCACGACCACCGCGCUCUCCCAAAGAGCCCCUCAUCUCUAGCUGGCUUUUCUGCAGAUACCUCAUCAUUGGCUGUUAUGUUGGAGUAGCUACAGUGGGCGCUGCGGCUUGGUGGUUCAUGGCAGCACAUGAUGGACCGAAACUCUCUUUCUAUCAACUGUCUCACUAUAUGCAGUGCAGUGAGGGACAUGCUGACUUUGCAGGAGUUCAGUGCUCUGUAUUUGAGUCACCAUAUCCAAUGACUAUGGCUCUGUCAGUGCUGGUCACCAUAGAGAUGUGCAAUGCCCUCAACAGCCUGUCUGAGAACCAGUCUCUGCUGAAGAUGCCUCCCUGGUCAAACCCCUGGCUUGUGGGUGCUAUCUGCCUCUCCAUGGCCUUACAUUUCCUCAUCCUUUAUGUGGAUCCACUUCCUAUGAUUUUCCAGAUCCGGCCACUGUCCUGGCUGCAGUGGGUUACCGUUUUGAAGAUGUCCCUGCCGGUUAUCCUGAUGGAUGAAGCACUGAAAUUCUUAGCUAGGAACUACAUUGAGCCUGGCACUGACCUCGAGCAAGAGGAAGAGGAGAGACAGCACCAAGGUGGCAGCGCAGUCCUGGUUGGCAAAAUACGACGGGGUCUAAAGGGCGUCUCCUGGGCAUUUGUGUUCAUCUCUGCUCCCCUUUUGUUUUGGAUCUACAGCCUGGACUCAGAUAUUACAAACAUCUUCUGGGAAUAGUUAGCGAAGAGAAUGUGAGAGAGAGAGUGGGCGUUAGAAAGAUGGAUUUUUACAGGGAGCGUGAGACGAUAGUUAAGUUCGAAUUACGGGGGGGUUAGGAACAGAACACCAAAACAGGAAUCAUGUGAAUAUAUAUAAGCAAAAAAAAAAAAAGUAUGAAAGGAAGACUUUUUGAGCAUGGACAAUCAGAAUUAGAGUAAAGAUGAGGACCGAGAGUAAAAGAAGGAAAGAAGAAUAUGAAAAGAAAUUGUCAUAUUCAGUCGGUUUUUGUGUGAUUUUGUGGCGUUUCCUUUAUGCCCUUCAUCUUCAGCGCCAUUCUCAUGCUGUGUUUUUAAUCAUUUGACAACAUUCGAAAUAUAUUUAUAUAUCUAUACAUUAUUUCCAGUUUAACAGGAUUAUUUUUCAGUCAUUUAAAUCAUUUCUAUUAAAGUCCUGCGUACACUAGGAACCAAACAAUACACUAUUUUCGUAGGCAAUACAGAACAUUCACAUUCAGGAAAGAUUUAACGUAAACAUUAAAUGUUAAAAGGUACUGUAUGUUUCUUAUCGUGUUCCGUUUGUUGUUCUUUUUAAACACAUAUUUCGAAUAUUUAUAAUCAAUCACCUGGAUGUUGGGGGAUUUCCUUUUUUUUUUUUUUUUUUUUUUUUUUUUUUUUUUUGGAUAAGGAAAAGCAGGUGAGACUAUCUAGUUGGUGAUCAGAAGCCUAAAACAAAGAAAAUGUGAGUUGACUGCAUGCAAAGUGAAACGUGUAACAUGUUACCAUCAUCAACAUUAGCAGUCUGGAUUGUGGGAUUUUUUUCAAAUAUUUAUUUUGUUAUUUUAGAACCGUUUCUGCAGAUUAGGAAAAAACAAAGGGAAUUUUAUCAUGUGCUUAUUUCAGUAUUCCUUUUGAGACCCUCUGAAUACUUUAUCCCACUUCCUGACUUUAAUGUAUGUGUCAUCCACUUUCGAUUUGAGUUUUUCCAUGCUUUUUAAGGCAGCGCAGAGAACUUGAUGCAAGGUCACGUUGAAUGACUACGUGUCUCAUAUUCGUAAUAAGAUAGCUGUGCUGUUCUAAUGCACGCGUAGGGGGGAAAAAUAUGAUUCACAGAGUUUUAUUUUAUUCUUUAAACAUUCACUAGAAGAGCAUAGAAAUCCGACCAAUUAGCGGAUGUCUUAAUAAUACGGUUUCCUUAAGAUUUCUCUUCUGCAGAUGAGUUUCUGUAAGGAAUGCUGUAAAGCUGGAGGGUAUUCCCUAAAAUAUGCAGUGUUUAUAAUGGCUUUGUAAAGAGUGUUGAGAAAUCCAAGUGAGACACGUGUUACUGCACCACUACGUAUGUAACCUCGUCAUUUUAAUUUCGAUGUCUACAUUGCAGUCGUUAUCGUCACUAACAUUACACUACGUUUACGUUAAAGCUAUUUAUGUUCUUUGUGUCCUGUUGCCAGGGAAAAGGAAAGGCUGUGACUGCAACGUGGAAAAAAAGAGAGAGAGAGCACGAGAGGAAGUGUGUUCUAUUAUUAUUUUACCAUUACUAAGUUGUCCUACUCUUUCAGAAGUUUCAUUUACAUUGACUUAACUUUACAUUUUGACUACUUUAUUGCAAACAAAAAAAUCCCGUAAAAACAACCGGAUAGAUUAUUAAGAUGGAAACGUUUUUAUUUAAGGUUAUUAGUUUGUUUAUUUUGGAAAAUGUUUUUCACAUUUGUAAAAUGUUUUUUACCAAAAAAAAAGAAAGAAAGAAGUUUUUGUUGUGUUGUGCUAUUAAUUUAAUUGGUAUCAUUGUCACAUUCAUUUCUUUGAUGGAAAAAUGCUCAAUGGAAUGGAAAUAAACAAUUAAUUUAAAAUGA